UCCUUUAACAGUUUUACCAAGUUGCUCAUAGAAAUUAGUGAUCGUACAGGAUUUUUCUCAUGGUGCAAAUGAAAAGCUUUCAAGAUGCUGCAGAGACAACUAGCAAAGUAUCUUUUCUUCAUUGUUAAUUUACAAAUUAUUGGAUAUCUAAUGUAUAUGUAUGCAGAAUCAAUAAUAAACAUACGAAAGAAUAAGUUCAGACAAAUGGAAAUGUUGAACUCAAGUAUUGCAACAUAUGAACUGUGGAAUAUUACUGAGAUGCCACACAAACAUGACUUAAUGGCAAAUAAUUCAGAUGUUCUUCAUAAAACUGAUCAUGAACACAAGCCCUACAUGGUGUAUGAAUGCAGCAAAGAGGUACCUCGGCGCGUAUGUGGAGGUCUAGGGGACAGAAUCAAAGGAAUAACAGUGACGUACAUCUGGGCAUUACUGACCAAUCGUAGUUUCAUCAUACGUCAUGAAAUACCAUGUGACCUGGAGAAGUUCCUUAUUCCAAAUGAAAUACAAUGGAAUAUAAAACUCCCCGUAGAUGGCAAAGAACACAGAAUGGCAAUCAGACCAUCUGUAAACAGUAUCAAAGCUGAGAACCUUAUACCAGAUGAUGAACAUAUCAGUGAAAAAUAUAAGAAAUAUAACAGACUAGCAUUUCUAGGGCCAAAUAAUAUCAAUCACUUCUCUCGAUUUUCAGAAUUACCAAUGUAUGAAGCCCAGCUGAAACAAUUUCCAUUUAAAUUACGAAAAUGUUCCAUGUAUAAAACUGUCUUUGAAAAGCUAUUCAAGUUAACUCCGAGAUUAGAUAAGAAAUUUCAAGAAUUAGCAGCUAAAGCCAAACCAACUAAGGAUCAUAAACUUAUAUGUGCUCAGAUUAGAACUGGGCCAAAUCCAUCAAUUCCACGUGACUUUGGAGGAACGCGAACAUCCGAGAAGGAUAUCGAAAAAUUUUGGACAUUCUUAGAAUCAAACAUUACAAGAGACAAAACAACGGUUUUUGUCACGAGCGAUUCAAACGAAAUCCAAAAAACAGCAAGAGAAAAGUUUAAUGAGACUUUUCUGGAAACAGAUGGUAACAUUACACACACUGACAGGAAUAGGUAUGUUGAGGCCUGCUCAGGUAUGGAUAAAGUUAUUUUAGAUUUUCAUAUGCUGGCAUUGUGUGACAUCGCCAUGGUGAGUCGGAGUAGUUUUGGCUGGUUAAGCCAAUGUAUGAAUAAGAACAAGGAUGCUGUCAUAUACAGGAUGAGAGAUGGUGGAGAUGUUUAUCACUGGACUGACAGAUAGAAACAAGGCAUUAACAUGAAAAAUACAGAUUUCAAUAUGUAAGAAGAUUGCAGACUUUUUUUCAAUUGAAACUGAGAAGGUGAAGACUUCUUAGAGUAUUUUCCCCUUUUAACUCAAAGUGGAGUUUUCAACUUAAUAUUGUAGUCUAGCAUUUAGUUAAUAGUUUAGUAUAGUCUUGUACAUAGACUGAUG